UGUUAGUUCGUUCACCUGUUAUUUCUUCUUCUUCUUCUUCUCAUUGCCAAAUUUCAAGACCAAAAAAAUUAGCAGAGAAAAACUGUGAUUUCUUUCUACUCCACAUUUCUAGCUUCUUCGUUUUUUUUUUUUCUGUACUCUAAAAUCUUUUAGUUCACUUUGUAUUUUUGUAAACGUUUUAACAUUGUGGUUUCUCUGAACUAGAAAAGUAUGGAAGAAAGGAAUCAUAGUGUGAAAUGAGGGUUUUAGAGGUUUUCUAUUUUGGAGAGUAAAUCCAUGUGCUAUGCUUGAGAGCAUGAAUGUGGAAAGUAAUAGGUGGUAAUUGGGUUUAAUUUUUACUUUUAUUUUACAUUUGAUGAUGAUUUUUUAUUUUUUAUUGUUGGUAUUUUGUUCCCUUGUUUAAUGUACAUUCUUUACCUCUGUUUGUGGUUGCUUUAACUCCUCUCUCAUUUUGUACUCCUUUUGUUCUUCUAUUUUUUUACUCACUUUAGUGUUUUGAUGUUGGUUUAGGUCCACAUGUUUAACUCAUAUGUGUACUGCACUAGAAUUAAAAUUGUACUGCACCUUGCUGAUUCUCUACAGCUACAGAAUCCUUGACAAUUUGUUGGUAAAUUAAGAAAUGGCUAACAUGAUUGAAAUUAACUUUAAAGCGAUGGACUACUAAAUCCUUGACAAUUGGAAAGUGAUGGACUACUAAAACUUAUAUGUUUCCUAUUACACACAUUUUCUAGACAUAGCUUUGGACAUCUAAUGGCAUCAUCAGAUGAAGAAGGUGAAAUUAUCCCAGAUCUUGUUGAUAGUUAUUGGUUUGAAAAUGAAAAGGAAGAGUUUGUGUCACUUUCUAGUUUGACAUUACUGUGGAGCAUUAGUGAGACCGUAUGUGGCUUGAAAGCACAAGUAUUUUUGCGUGGCACCACUGAUGAUGACGGUCUCCAGACAAUUCACAAACAAAUAAUCGGAUGGAGAUUUGAACUUCCCUCUGGGAAGCCUGAGAUUUCAGUGCUUUCAAAGGACAAAAGCUGGAUAACUCUCCAAAGACCAAGAAAGUGUUUUGAGAGUACAAUUAAGGCAAUCUUGGUCACAGUAUAUUGUUUACAUUUUGUGAAAUGGAAUCCAGAGGAAUCUCAAAUAUGUAUUUGGGUCAAAAUGCUGAAGGCCUUUAGCUCAUUUGAUAUUGUGCCAUCCGAGAAUGAUCUUCUUAGUAAUGUGACAUUGAUUAGAGAAGCUGUUGAAAGGGAUAAAGAUUUAACAAAAUCCAAGUAUCUGCUUGAUUUCAUGGAAAGGGCAUGUUCAAAUGAAGGCUUCCAUGAGUCCAGUAAUGUUCUUCCUACAAAGAAAUCAAAGUUUAUUGUGGACUCCGAGGAUGAGGAGAAUGACCAAUCUGAUGUUCUAACUACAAAGAAAUCAAAGUUUAUUGUGGACUUUGAGGAUGGGGAGAAUGACCAAUCUGAUGUUCUUCCUACAAAGAAAUCUAAGUUUAUUGUGGACUCCAAGGAUGAGGAGAACGACCAAUCUGAUGUUCAUCCUACGAAGAAAUCUAAGUUUAUUGUGGACUCCGAGGAUGAGGAGAAUGACCAAUCUGAUGUUCUUCCUACAAAGAAAUCAAAGUUUAUUGGGGACUUUGAGGAUGAGAAGAAUGGCCAAUCUGAUGUUUUUCCUACAAAGGAAUCAAAGUUUAUUGUGGACUCAGAGGAUGAGGAGAAUGACCAAUCUGAUGGUGAACUCGAUCCCGAUGGAGAGCAAAAUAUUGGAUAUGAUACUGUUUGUGCAAUAUGUGAUAAUGGUGGUGAAAUACUUCCUUGUGAAGGAAGAUGUCUGAGAUCCUUUCAUGCAACCAAAGAGGCUGGUAUAGAUGCAGUUUGUGAAUCUCUUGGCUACACUAGUGCUCAAGUUAAGGCCUUUCCAAACUUUUACUGUCAAAAUUGUAAAUAUAAGCUGCACCAGUGCUUUGCAUGUGGCAAACUGGGUUCAUCUGAUGUAUCAUCUAAAGCAGAGGUAUUUCCUUGUGUUACUGCAAAUUGUGGUCACUACUACCAUCCUGAAUGUGUUGCAAGACUUCUCUCCCCUAGCAUUGACACUGAACAAGAGGAAAUGAGAAAGAAAGUUGCCAUGGGAAAAGCAUUUGUCUGUCCUCUUCAUAUAUGUUCUUUAUGUAAAAAAGGUGAAAAUAAAAAUUUUCAUGAUUUGCAAUUCGCAAUAUGUAGACGCUGCCCUAAAGCUUACCACAGAAAAUGCUUACCCAGGGAAAUUUCCUUCGUAUUUGAUAAUGAUAAGAGCAUUGAGCAGAGGGCUUGGGAUGGUCUACUUGACCAUCAAAUUUUGAUAUAUUGCCUGGAUCAUGUGAUAGUUAGGGAACUCGGGACUCCUGCUAGAGACCAUCUGGUAUUUCCUGAUGUGAAAGUCAGAAAGAAGGUAUUGAAUUACAAAUUAUUAGGCAAUGGAAAAAAUACUCUAAAUUUGGGGCAAAGUUUUGAAGAUCUUCAUCCUAAGAAAACAUUGGUACCAAACCUUGUCACAAAGCGAAGUGUUAGCAUCCAAGAUGGUGAUUCUGCCAAAGAUAUGGAGAAAAUAUGUUUAAAGAAAGAUAAAUGUUUCUCAAGUGGAUCAGUCAAGUUUGAUAGGGAUAGAAAAUAUUUGAAGGUUAAAAAUCUGUCUGUGUUAAAUAGUUCCUUACAAAGGCCUGCAAAAAAGUUGCCUUUGAAAAUUGCUAACUUGUCCUGUAAUUCAAGAUUACGUGAAGAUAAAUCUUUGCAGAAAAAAAUGGUUGAUGGAAGUAUUGGAAAAACAGGCAUAGAGAAGCCUCUAAAAAAAAUCCAAACUUCACUUGACGCUAACAACGCUGAAAUGGAAAAUAGUAUUUUGUCUUUAAUGAAAGAUACCAUGUCUACAUUUAAUGAGGAAGAAUUCAAAAAGAACCAUCAAGCCUUCUCUACAACUUCUGGUUUCACCGAACCUGUAUCUCAUCAUAAGAACCUUACUCAAGGAAAAGUAGAAGGUUCAGUUAAGGCUAUUCAAACAGCUUUGCAGAGGUUAGAAGAAGGUGGUAGUAUUGAAGAAGCAAAAGCUAUUUGUGAUCCAGGGGUCCUCCAUCAGCUUUUUAUUUGGCAGAAACAGCUCAAGGUCUAUCUUUCACCUUUUCUUCAUGGUAUGCGGUAUACUUCCUUUGGUCGCCAUUUCACUAAAAUAGACAAGCUGAAGGAGGUUGCUAAUAGGCUUCAUUGGUAUGUUCAGAAUGGAGACACGGUUUUGGACUUCUGUUGUGGUUCUAAUGACUUCAGUCGUCUAAUGAAAUCAAAGCUUGAAGAGAUGGGGAAGUCAUGUUCAUUUAAGAACUAUGAUUUAUUCCAACCCAAGAAUGAUUUCAACUUUGAAAAGAGAGAUUGGAUGAGUGUCAAUGCAGAAGAAUUACCCAACGGUUCUCAACUUAUCAUAGGGCUGAAUCCUCCUUUUGGGGUUAAGGGUUCUCUUGCUAACAAAUUUAUUAACAAGGCGUUGACAUUUAAGCCAAAACUCCUUAUACUUAUUGUGCCAAAAGUAACUAAACGACUUGACAGAAAGAAAGAAGGAUAUGAUUUAAUUUGGGAGGAUGAUGAGAUGCUUUCAGGAAAGUCAUUUUAUCUACCUGGUUCCGUUGAUACACGCGACAAGCAAUUGGAAGACUGGAACUUGAAGCCACCACCUCUCUACCUUUGGAGUCGCCCUGAUUGGACCACUAAGCACAGGGAAAUUGCUCAAAAGCAUUGUCAUAUCAAGGAAGAAUAUGAUGUGCAUGUGAAUGGAAAAGAAGUGAAGAAUUAUCUUAUGGAGGAGAAUCAUGAGUGUUAUCAGAAUUGCCGUGGCUUACAUGUCCCUGGGAAUGUUUUGAGCAUAUUUGAUGGUAUUCCAAAUGAUAAUGGUGCCAAUGCACCUGAGGAAGGUGCAACUAGCAAUGCCUCGGUCUGGUGAAGUAGACGGUAUUUUCUGAUUGUGGGAGAGAAAUGGAAUUGGGAAAUGGGUUACCACCUGAUGAACCUGAGGACUUGUGUGUUGAUAUGGAGUUAUCAACUCCCUAGAAAUAUGUAUUGGCUACAACUACCAGAAUGAUGAAAUAAUAUCAGGAAAAAUACUAAAGUCACUAAAAUUAAAUAUCAAGAAAAGUUUAUUAACAAAGAUGAUGUAUAAAGCAGUUUUAUUUUUACCAUUAA